UCUUUGGUGGGUGAAUAUGUGUGCAAGACUGUCACAGUGGGGAUAUUUCCGUUUGGUGGCAUUGUACUGGCCUUUAUCUAUGUACACCCAUGUAUCUGCAACUUCCUCACGGCUGUGUGUUUCUGUCUCUCUUUGUUUCCCUGUGUUUGUCUUACACUCUUCGUAUCUCUGCAUCUUUUCCUUUAUCCUCCCUGAAUCUGUGUCUGCCUUCCUGUUUCCCUCUCUGCUGCUUCUCUUCAACUUUCCCUUUGUCUCUCUCUCUCCCACCUGUUUCUGUCUCUCUUCUUGUUUUCUCCCUCUGUCUGACUUCUUGUUUCUCUUUCUCCCACUCCUCUCUCUCCCUUCUAUUUUUGCUCUCUGCCGUAUUCUUCCCCUGUUGCUACCUCUCUGUUCCUGUCUUCUUGCCUUUUCUCUUUCCUGAUCAACCUUCCAUCUUGUGCCCUCUUCCCUUUCCUUAUCUCUCCAUCAUUAUUUCUCUUUCCCCUCAUCCCUUUGUCUAUAUCUCCCUUCUGGUUCCUUCUCUCUCCGCCCUCUUCUCUCUCUCUCUCUCUCUCUCUCUCUCUCUCUCUCUCUCUCUCUCUCCCUCUCCCUCUCCCCAUGUCUCUGUUCCUAUAUAUAUCGCCCUAUUCUUUCUACCCCAUGCCAUUCUUCCCUUCUCUCUCCUUCUUUCCCUACCUCCCCAUCCUUUCUAUCCCCGUUGGAGUCCUGGCCCGUGUCUGCCACUGCAGGAAGUGGAGGUCCUGCUGAGUGAAAAUGAGAUGCUGCAGGCAAAGCUACACAACCAGGAGGAGGACUUCCGCUUGCAGAACAGUACACUUAUGGCCGAGUUCAGCAAGCUCUGCAGCCAGUUGGAGCAGCUGGAGUUGGAAAACAGACAACUCAAGGAGGGGGCUGCUGGAGCAGCUGGAGCAGCUGGAGCAGCUGGACCACAUGUGGACGGGGAGUUGCUGAGGCUGCAGGCAGAGAACACAGCCUUGCAGAAGAACAUGGCAGCACUGCAGGAACGCUAUGGGAAAGAGGCUGUGAGACCCUCUGCUGUCAGUGAGGGCCAAGGGGAUCGCCCAGGAGAUGUACUCCCCACUCCCCUGGCUCCCAUUCCAUUGGCAGAAGUGGAGCUGAAAUGGGAAAUGGAGCGAGAAGAAAAAAAAUUGCUCUGGGAACAGCUACAAGGCUUAGAGAGCUCAAAGCAAGCCGAAACCUCCAGACUACAGGAGGAACUUGCUAAGCUCUCUGAGAAAUUGAAAAAGAAACAAGAAAGUUUUUGCCGUCUGCAGACAGAGAAGGAAACACUGUUUAAUGACAGCAGGAACAAAAUUGAAGAAUUGCAACAGCGGAAGGAAGCUGAUCUGAAAGCCCAGUUGGCUCGCACCCAGAAACUACAGCAGGAACUUGAGGCUGCCAAUCAGAGCUUGGCAGAGCUAAGAGAUCAACGUCAGGGGGAACGCCUGGAGCAUGCAGCAGCAUUGCGGGCCCUGCAAGAUCAGGUGUCCAGCCAGAGUGCAGAUGCGCAGGAACAAGUGGAAGGGCUGUUGGCUGAGAACAAUGCCUUGAGGACUAGCUUGGCUGCUCUGGAGCAGAUCCAGACAGCAAAGACACAAGAACUGAAUAUGCUUCGGGAACAGACCACUGAAUUGGCGUCUGAGUUACAGCAUCGUCAGGCUGAAUAUGAAGAGCUUAUGGGACAGAAAGAUGACCUCAACUCCCAGCUCCAGGAGUCCUUAAGGGCCAAUAGCCGGCUGCUGGAACAACUUCAAGAAGUAGGGCAGGAGAAGGAGCAGCUGACCCAGGAUCUCCAGGAAGCCCGGAAGAGUGCUGAGAAAAGGAAGGUCAUGCUGGAUGAGCUAGCCAUGGAGACACUGCAGGAGAAGACCCAGCACAAAGAAGAACUGGGGGCUGUUCGGUUACGGCAUGAGAAGGAGAUGCUGGGGGUGCGAGCCCGCUAUGAGCGUGAGCUUCGGGAGUUGCAUGAGGACAAGAAACGGCAGGAGGACGAGCUCCGGGGGCAGAUUCGCGAGGAGAAGGCUCGAACAAGGGAAUUAGAAAAUCUUCAGCACACAGUGGAAGAACUCCAGGCUCAGGUACACUCCAUGGAUGGAGCCAAGGGCUGGUUUGAACGGCGCUUGAAGGAAGCUGAGGAAUCCUUGCAGCAGCAGCAACAGGAACAAGAGGAAACCCUCAAGCAGUGCCGGGAGGAGCAUGCCGCCAAGCUGAAGGGCAAGGAGGAAGAGCUUCAGAUUGUGCGGGAUCAACUGCAGCAGGCCCAGGAGGAGCGAGAUGGCCACGUGAAGACCAUCAGCGACCUGAAGCAGGAAGUAAAGGACACAGUGGAUGGGCAGCGGAUCCUAGAAAAGAAAGGCAGCGCUGUGCUCAAAGACCUUAAGAGGCAGCUGCAUCUGGAGCGGAAGCGGGCUGAUAAGCUGCAGGAGCGGCUGCAGGAGAUCCUCACUAACAGCAAGAGCCGCACAGGCCUUGAGGAGCUGGUUCUCUCUGAGAUGAACUCACCAAGCAGGACCCAGACAGGGGACAGCAGUAGCAUCUCCUCCUUCAGCUACCGGGAGAUCUUGAAGGAGAAGGAGAGUUCAGCCCUCCCAGCCAGGUCUCUCUCCAGUAGCCCUCAGGCCCAGCCCCCUCGGCCUGCUGAGCUGUCAGAUGAGGAAGUGGCCGAGCUCUUUCAGAGGCUGGCUGAGACACAGCAGGAGAAAUGGACGCUGGAGGAGAAGGUGAAACACCUGGAGGUGAGCAGCGCCUCGAUGGCGGAAGACCUCUGCCGGAAAAGCGCCAUCAUUGAGACCUACGUCAUGGACAGCCGGAUUGAUGUGUCUGUGGCAGCAGGCCACACAGACCGAAGUGGGCUGGGCAGCGUCCUGAGAGACCUAGUGAAGCCAGGCGAUGAGAACCUUCGGGAAAUGAACAAGAAGCUGCAGAACAUGUUGGAGGAGCAGCUCACCAAGAACAUGCACUUGCACAAGGACAUGGAAGUUCUAUCCCAGGAAAUUGUGCGGCUCAGCAAGGAAUGUGUGGGGUCCCCUGACCCAGACCUAGAACCUGGAGAAGCCAACUAAAGACCUACAGGCUACAACUAUUCCCAAUCCUUUCCAGAAUGCCACUCACUCCCUUGGGCUGUUGUGGGAAAAUAUGGAGGCUGGCACCAAAUCUCAUAGUUUGGGAGACGGACAUUAAAGGGGCUAGAGGCCUGUAUGUGGCUGGUGUUGGCAACCCUGAUGUAUGGCUGAGGCCCUUGGGGAGAAGAGAUCCUGAGGGAGUUUUCCUUUUUGGCUCUGGUUCCCAGGAUCAUCUGCCUUCACCUCUGCAUGAGCUCUCCCUCCCAGAGACCAACUCUGUUUCAUUUUAUUUUAUUUUUUAAUUUAUGUCCGGAAGCCUAGCUCAACUCUGCAUUCGGGACUGGGGGUGUUGGGUGGGGGUGCAGUCCAUGUUCAAUGUUCCAGCAAUGUGUGUGUAUGUGUGUGAGUGUGUGUGUAAAGACUAUGUGGCCAAAAUACCAUCUGGCCAGAUGGGCCCACCCACUGA